AUGUCUCCUGUUCUAUCAGAUGGUCACACUCGCCCACCGACUUCUUCUGUUGGCGAAGCCUUUUUCCCAGAGACCUCUGAAGCAGCUUUGACAUUUUCUACAGAUCAAGCUAUCCCCUCAACUUUACCUGUUCAUGAUGAUCUAGUUAUUACCACUUCGGCCCCCAGUCCAACUACUGGAAUUUUAGUCCCCGAUGCCGAUGGUCGAUCAGCGAUAUUCCGCAUCAUUCCGGAAUUGCAGGACACCAAACGAGAUCUCCAGGUCAGGGCAGUUGGCGGUUUCGUUGGUAGCCAGUCAGAGAUCUGUGCUGCUGCCGCUAUCUUCAACCUUGUGCAAGGUCGUUUGCUGGAUGGUACCUGGCCCAUAUACUACAACGGUGAGGGUGUUCAAGGAGCUACGUGGCCAGCCAGGAGCGUUACCUCGAGAUGCUGUUGCUGAAACCUUUGUUGACGAGGAUGGAUUCCUCCAGUUUUUCAGCUCAGUCCUACCAAAUGGUGAGGCAGGCUUCUGUCAAGAAGCUGAGAGCGGCCAGGUUUAUAUCACUUUCACUGCA